AUGUGUAGAUCAGCAGACGAAAUAAUGAAAAUAAUCAGCAAUUGCAAAUUAUCAAUUUCUCAAUCAAUUACAUUAUUUGAAAAACUAAGCAAUGAACACAACAAAGAAGCGAUGCUUGGUAUAAUCAAAAGCGCUACAAUUGAUCUAAACGCCAAUGAAACUGAAGUCACAAAAUUAUUAGAUACAUUUGUAAGAAUUCUUGAUCUUCCAAUCCUUAAUGAUUUAGUCACAUUUUACAAACCAAAAGGAAUAAGUUUAAAAACAUAUAUGAAAGAGCUUAAAUCCAUCGUAAAGAUAUAUCAAGAAUCAUCUGAAGCUUUAGCAAAAACAAGAGUUUUCCAAGGAAGUACAAGAAGGGAAGAUUUAGAACUAAAAAUUCGAACAAAAUUAAAUUCAUUUAAACAGUCAUUAGAUUACAAAUAUAAUGGCUUUUAUGAUGGAAGAAGAAUGGUAACUAACCAAACUUCACAGGAUCUAUAUGAUUUGGAAUCAUUAAUAGUUCAAUAUAUGUCUUCAAAUCAAAAUGAACUUCCUGAUGUUUCAAGAUUGCGCAUGGAGAAUCUUCAAAGUGAUAAUAAUUAUUUAAAGAAGAAAGAUGAAACUAAUUCUGCUUUAUUAGAGAAAUAUGCAAAAAAUUUGGAAAAAUACAAGAAAUUGUAUAAUGAUGCCUUGAAGCAAUCACAGGCACAAGAUUCGAUCAGGAUGGGAACAAUUCAAAAUUUAAAGAAUCAGCUAAUUACACUUAAAAAUUCAAAUGAUCAAAUUCCUGCACUAAGAACAGAAAAUACUAGAUUGAAAGCAGAUGUUCAAAAAUUGACUAGUGAAAAACAAAGAUUGAAUGAACAAUACGAAGAUUUGAGUAUCCAAUUUAGAACAGUACAACAAAGAGAAAAUGCACAAAUAGAAUCAUUGAAUGUCGAGUUAACAAAUGCCAAACGUUACGUACAAGCAUACACAAACGUAUCCAAAGAAAAUGGAAGCUUGAAAGUUGAAAUUAAAAGAUUGAAGACUGAAAAUGAAAGAUUGAAUACUGAAAUUGAAUAUUUAAAUGAUGAAAUUAAAAGAUUGAAUGAUGAUCUUGGAUUUUUGAAUCAAAAUAGAGUAGUUCGUGAAAAUAAUUUAAAUGAGACUAUUCGACAAAAAGAUGUUCAAAUUGCAAGAUUGCAGCAAGAAAAUAGGGAACUCAAUCAAAUGCCGAGAUAUAAAGUUGAUGCAAAUAAAAUUAUUUCUAUUUGGGAUAAAAUAGAAGAUGCACCAGAAGUUAUUGAGAUUCCUAUUAUUUCAAAUGAUGAUAAGCAUAUUCUGGAAAAGAUCCAAGGAAGACUUAUGUCAGCAGUAACUAAAAGAGCAAACAAUCUUAAUGAAGAUGACAUGCAAGAACUUGAUCAACUUUAUAGAAUGAUUCAGAAAUUUAUUUCGAAGAAAUCUUCUCCCAAAGCUCAGAAAGUAUAUAAGUUUAUGGAUAGAAUGCAUAACGCACUUAAUAUUAUUGAAGCAAUACCUCAUUAA